UGGAGCGUGGCCCCGCGCUGGUCAUCCGGGUUCCGGGGCCCGGCGGAGGCCGCGCCGGGAGCGAGAGGGAAGUGCGGCCGCCCUGGAACCUGGAUAUCGCGCGAGGCAAGCCGCGCGCGGGCGGGCGGGCUAUGGCGCAGGCGGGUUGCGGGGCCGGCGCUGGCGGCAGGGCCCGGUGCAUGGCGGUCUGUCGGCGGAGUCGCCCUCGGGGGCUGUCAGAUUGGUGACCCAGAAGGAAAUCCCUGACCUCGGUGGUAGCCAGAAGCCAACUUCAUGUCUGAAGGCACAAGCGGCAGUUUGUCAUGGAAAGCUUGGGGCUGCAGACGGUGACCCUGAGCGACGGGACGACAGCCUAUGUCCAGCAGGCUGUCAGGGGAGAGAAGCUGCUCGAAGGGCAGGUGAUCCAACUGGAAGACGGGACCACUGCGUACAUUCACCAGGUGACGAUACAGAAAGAGCCUUUCUCCUUUGAAGAUGGUCAGCCCGUGCAGCUGGAGGAUGGCAGCAUGGCCUACAUACACCACACACCCAAAGAGGGCUAUGACCCCAGCGCCCUGGAAGCUGUGCAGCUGGAAGACGGCUCCACCGCCUACAUCCAUCACCCCGUGUCUGUGCCGUCCGACAGCACCGUCCUGGCCGUGCAGACAGAGGUGGGCUUGGAGGACCUGGCAGCAGAGGAUGAAGAGGGCUUCGGCGCAGACACGGUGGUGGCCCUGGAGCAGUACGCAAGCAAGGUUCUGCACGAUAGCCCAGCUCCCCAUAAUGGCAAAGGGCAGCAUGUUGGAGACAGAGCCUUCCGCUGUGGCUACAAGGGUUGCGGACGUCUCUACACCACCGCCCAUCACUUAAAGGUACAUGAACGAGCUCACACAGGCGACCGUCCGUACAGGUGUGACUUCCCCAGCUGUGGAAAGGCCUUUGCGACAGGCUAUGGGCUAAAAAGUCACGUGCGUACUCACACGGGGGAGAAGCCAUACAAGUGCCCAGAGGAGCUGUGCAGCAAAGCCUUCAAGACCUCAGGAGACCUUCAGAAGCACGUCCGGACCCACACAGGCGAGCGCCCGUUCCGGUGCCCUUUUGAGGGCUGCGGCCGCUCCUUCACCACCUCGAAUAUCCGCAAGGUACACGUGCGUACACACACAGGCGAGCGGCCCUACACCUGCCCCGAGCCCCACUGUGGCCGCGGCUUCACCAGCGCCACCAACUACAAGAAUCACGUGCGCAUCCACACAGGGGAGAAGCCAUACGUUUGCACGGUGCCAGGCUGCGGGAAGCGCUUCACGGAGUACUCAAGCCUGUACAAGCACCACGUGGUGCACACGCACUGCAAACCCUACACGUGCAGCAGCUGCGGCAAGACCUACCGGCAGACCUCCACCCUCGCCAUGCACAAGCGCAGCGCGCACGGGGAGCUGGAGGCCACCGAGGAGAGCGAGCAGGCGCUGUACGAGCAGCAGCAGCUGGAGGCGGCCUCCGCUGCCGAGGAAAGCCCACCACCCAAGCGAGCCCACAUCGCUUACCUUUCGGAAGUGAAGGAGGAAAGUGCUGACAUCCCAACCCAAGUAGCCAUGGUGACGGAGGAGGACGGGAACCCCCAGGUGGCUCUGAUCACUCAGGAUGGUACCCAGCAGGUCAGCCUGUCCCCAGAAGACCUGCAGGCCCUGGGGAGCGCCAUCAGCAUGGUGACUCAGCACCGCAGCACCGCCCUCGCCAUCCCCAGUCAGCACGAGGAGCUGGCCGCCUCUGGCACACACACUGUCACCAUGGUCAGCGCCGAUGGCACCCAGGCUCAGCCCGUCACAAUCAUUACCUCCGGGGCCUUGGUGACUGAGGAGUCAAGUGUGGCAACUCUCCAUCACCAACAGGUGGCACUGUUGGCCACGGCCAACGGAACACACAUCGCAGUGCAGCUGGAGGAGCAGCAGACCCUGGAGGAGGCCAUCAGCGUAGCCACUGCUGCCAUGCAGCAAGGGGCUGCGGCCCUCGAAGCCUCAGAGAGCGGCUGCUGAGCCCAAGAGGACUGGCUCCCACACCGUGCCAGAGAAGGUGCCAUGCUCACAGGCAGCCCUGCCUCCGGGGGCCCUGGCUGUGGCUGAGCCCAAGAAGAUGGCUGCAUAGGCCUCCAGAGUAAGAAGGCAACAGGAAAAUGGCCUCUGGUAGAAAGGGCUGAGGCCCACACCCAAGAUGAGGGUCGGGCAGCGGGUGCUGAAGAUGUCCAGCUGGGGGACCAGGCUGCCCAACCCCUGCUUUCCUCCCUCGGGAGAACGUUCUUCCCGCUUCUGUCCGCUCCCUUUCUCAGGGAGAUGGGAGCCAGGUGGACGAGGACUAGCCUCCACCCUGACUGGUUGGGCCACCAGGAGAAGGUCGACAGCUCUUCAGCCCAGAGCCUCCCAGCAAUAACCAUCUCCUGGGGGUAGGGUAGCCAAGAUGCCUCGCCACUUGGCAUCAGGGACUUCCUGCCACCACAGUCAGAAUUAAUUCCUCAGGGGCCUGGGGCUGGAGAAAAGGGGUCGCGCCACAGCUCCCGGUGGCUCUCACCUGUCUGUGGCAGAGUGACAGAGAGUGGCCUGCACUGCUGGGGAGCGGGCUUACUUUGUUUUGUGGUUUGGUUUUUUAAUUCUAUUUUGAUAAUUAUUUUUUUUUCCUGCUCUGGGUAGUGGCGGCAAACGGGUGAAUGAGUAUUUAAUAAAAGUUGCAAGUUUCCA